AUGGAGUUUGGUCUUAUUUUUUUGAAUUCAUUUAAUUUCAAAAAUCAUCUUGCAAAAGUUACUCAGUGCGAAUUCACUAAAAUAGAUGCCAUAAUUGCAAAUCCUUUUGGAGCUAAAGUUUCUGUAUCUCAGUCAUUCAAGGUUGGCUGCCUACCACCUGAUUUCAAAGCAAAAGACGAUGAAAAUAUUUUAGAUUCACCUGAAAACAAAUCCAUUCACUUUGCCUAUCGGUUUCCUAACCCGCCUUCAGGUGCAGUGACUGCUUUCAAAGCCACCGUUGGAUCCGAUCGGGUAAUUAAAGGCAAGUUUAUGGCGGCAGCCAAGGCUAAAGCUGAGUUUAAAACCGCUCUUGAUGACCGCGAAAAUAUAUUGGCCGGAUUGGCUACUAUGUAUAGCCCUGAUAUUUUUCAAAUCGAUUUGGGUAAUAUUCCAUGGAACACAACAGUAAAAGUUGAAUUGGAGUACUUUUCAAUGCUAGAAUACGACUCUCAAUAUGGAAUAGAACCAGAAAAUGAAAAUGCCGUUGAUGGAGCUCAAGUUGUCAGCACUGUUUCCCAAGCAGGAACUUAUAUUUCAGUCAAAUUAAAUUCUUCAAAAACAUCAUUCUUGGAGUGUGUUUCUCACAAAGAAUUAGCCAAAGUCAAGCCAGAUUUAGUGACCUAUUCCAGCAAAGAAGAACCAAAACUUGAGAAUGAUUUUGUCGUCAUAGUCAAGGAUCAGAGUCAUUUGGAACUCUCUGCUCAUUUAUCUAGUCAAGAUCCUGUUGCUGAUGCUCCAGUUCUCAGUAAUCUUUUAACGAUUAAUUUUCGACCUACCUUAGAUCUCACCAGUACCCGUCCCAAAGAACUUAUCUUUUUAAUUGAUCGCAGCGGUUCUAUGGAUUCCUGCGUAGAGACAUUAAAAGAUGCUCUUCAAUUAUAUUUAUCUUCAUUGCCAUCCUCUGGACAAAACAACGAUUACCCUAUUUACUUUAAUUUUGUAUCAUUUGGUUCAAAAUAUAAGUUUCUCUGGCCUCAUUCCCGGCUCCUUAAUGAACAGUCAUUUAAAGAUGCACGCACAUUUAUUAAAAGUAUAAACGCUGAUUUUGGUGGCACUGAGAUUUUAGAUCCUCUUGUGGAAAUAUUGAACCAGUUAAAAACCCCUGGUUAUUUUCGGUACUUGGGUCUGACAAAUUCAAAAACUAUAGAUCAUGAGAUUAUUGUGCUGACAGAUGGCGAGGUUUUUAAUGUUUCUGAAAUAUUCAAAACUUUGAAAAAAAUGGUUUCAUCUUUAAAUAAUGAAGGUAACGGUAUAACACGGGUCCACUCUUUUGGUGUAGGAGAUUCUGUGUCACACAGCCUUCUAGAUUCUUUGGCGAAAGCUGGUGGUGGAAUCAAACAAACUGUUUUAGUCAAGGAGCGCAUGGAGUUAAAAAUUAGCAAACUUUUGCAGAUCAUUUUGAGUCCGUGUGUUAUUGGUGCUACUGUCUAUUGGUCUUUGAAAGAUAAAGAAAAAAAAAUAGAUGGUGAAGAUGAGUUUGAGAUGCUUGAAGGAUAUGGUGAGCCAUUAAGCUUCAAGUUGGGCAAACUUAUGGAAGUUGAUACCUAUGAUAAGGGCCACUUGAUAACCCCUAAUACUGGAUUACUACCAAUUUUUUCCAAAAAUGAUUCCAAAAUGUAUAUCUUUGUGGAUGAUGCAUCACUCGUUGCACCUUCUGUUAAGAUUCAAUUAUUAUUGGAUGAUGGAUCCACGAAAACAUUUGAAGCACCUGUUGUCCAAGAUGAAUCUUAUGAUAAUGAAAAGUUUCUGUUUGUUGGAGGAGGUCGAUCGCUUUUAAGAACUUUUUCAGAUGAAAAAGACGCUGAGGAGAAUGAAAAUGAAGAAAAUGAAAUACUUCAAUCAACAGAUAAAUCUAAGCGCGACAAGUUUUGUGAAUUAAUAGGUGAAACUUUUGGAUUAGUAUCUCCUUGGACAUCGUUACUUGCCCUUGAAAAUAAAAUCAAAGACAAGAACCGAGAAUUUGAAUCGGAUAAUGAUAUUUCUAAUGAUUCGAAAUUGGGCGAAAAUAUCAUCUUUGAAUCAGAUUUUGGGUCAUCUUAUUAUUUACCGCUAAGAAUGCAAUGUUUGCAAUAUUUGAGAUCAAGUCCAAAACCUUUUAACAGGUCUUCAGCUAAGAUUAGAUCCAGGAUUAGAUCCAAUAAUUCUUAUAUUGUUGAUAAGUGUGCUGCUUUAACUAUACCUACAACUUCAACAAUUGACUCUAUGAAAGAUUGCCUUGGAAGAGCUAGCAAUUUUGUUUUAAAAUCGGUUUUUUUAAGGAAUAAACAGCCUGAAGAUAACAUGAAUAAACAGCCUGAAGAUAACAUGAAUGAAUUGUCUACUAGUGCACCUCCGUUGGAAUUACCACCAAAAACUUUGCUUGAAACGGCUUACCAAGACUUGUCAAUUAUUACAUUAGCAUGCAACUUUGACGGCUCGUUUGACGUUUCUACCGAUCUGUAUCAAUUGCUCUCACCUGCACACUCGCAGCCUCCAUUGUCAACAAUCGAAACUUCAAAAAAUCCUAAGGUCCAAGGAUAUGUUGCGCUUGCAGUCAGUGUAUUUUUGAAAGCUUUAGAGAGUCGAACCAAAGAUUCCGAAAUUGAAUUUGGAAGCGCUUUGAUUCUUCUGCUUGAGAAAGUGAACAAGUAUGUUGACCAAGCUUAUGGAAAAGACACACAAAAAUUGGAGCAGGAUCGUAAAACUUUGGAGGACCUUUUUAAGAUUAAUAAUUAA